CUCCUCCUCCAGGCUCUGAUUGGUCCCUCACUUUCGCGGACUUUGGGCGCAAACAGAAGUUAGUAUUGGAAACGUGUUGCAGGCUGUAACCUGUCAACGAGUAGAUAAGGACUUCUUCACUUCAUCUCAGUCACAACGUGUAAGCAUGGCCCAGACCAACAGUUGUAGCAUUGCCAACGACAUGUGGGAGUCACACAACAGUAUGAUGCAGGAACCUCUCAGCACCAAUGAUCCAGAGGUGUUUGACAUCAUUAAGAAGGAGAAGAAGAGGCAAACGUAUGGUUUGGAGCUCAUCGCCUCUGAGAACUUCGCCAGUCGAGCUGUUUUGGAGGCUCUAGGCUCGUGCAUGAACAACAAAUAUUCUGAGGGAUACCCUGGCCAAAGAUACUACGGUGGCACAGAGCAUGUGGAUGAACUGGAGCGACUCUGUCAGCAAAGAGCAUUGAAGGUUUAUGGCCUUGACCCUGAAAAAUGGGGUGUAAAUGUGCAGCCUUAUUCUGGUUCGCCUGCCAAUUUUGCUGUGUACACAGCCGUAGUGGAGCCUCAUGGGAGGAUAAUGGGUCUUGACCUGCCUGAUGGAGGCCAUCUGACCCAUGGCUUUAUGACUGACAAGAAGAAGAUCUCUGCUACUUCCAUUUUCUUUGAAUCGAUGCCAUACAAGGUCAACCAAGAGACUGGCUACAUUGAUUAUGACAGAUUAGAGGAAAAUGCUCGUCUGUUCCAUCCAAAGCUAAUCAUUGCAGGUGUUAGCUGCUACUCCCGCAACCUGGACUACAGUCGUAUGCGAAAGAUAGCAGAUGAGAAUGGGGCUUACCUCCUGGCUGACAUGGCGCACAUCAGUGGACUUGUUGCAGCUGGAGUGGUUCCGUCCCCCUUUGAGUACUGUGACAUUGUUUCCACCACUACCCAUAAGACCUUGAGGGGCUGCAGAGCAGGGGUCAUCUUUUACAGGAAAGGGGUGCGCAGUGUGGAUGCAAAGACGGGAAAGGAGACUUAUUACAACCUGGAGAGUUUGAUCAACCAGGCAGUGUUUCCUGGACUGCAGGGAGGACCUCACAACCAUGCCAUCGCAGGAGUGGCUGUAGCGUUGAAGCAGGCAUUGACACCAGAGUUCAAAGCCUAUCAGAUACAAGUGCUGGCAAACUGCAAGGCCUUGGCAGCUGCUCUGAUAGAAAAGGGCUACAAAAUUGUCACUGGUGGUUCUGAUAAUCAUCUGAUCUUGCUCGACCUACGUCCAAAUGGAACUGAUGGUGGGAGGGCUGAGAAGGUGUUGGAGGCCUGUGCCGUCGCCUGCAACAAGAACACCUGCCCAGGUGAUAAGAGUGCCUUGCGUCCCAGCGGUCUCCGCCUGGGCUCUCCAGCACUCACAUCGCGAGGCCUAGUGGAGGAAGAUUUCCACAUAGUGGCAGAAUUUAUUCACAGAUGUAUUCAGUUAACUGUGGAGAUCCAGAAGAACAUGAACACCAAAGCCACUCUGAAGGAGUUCAAGGAAACAUUGGCUCAGGAUGAGAAAUAUCAAAACAAACUUAAAGAAAUCCGAGAGGAGGUUGAGGCUUUUGCUGCAAAAUUCCCCAUGCCUGGACUGCCAGAGCUAUGAGUCUGAUGCUCUUGCUCUGUGCUUGUACCUAAGGUUACUUUCUUUAUCCUGAUGUUUCUUUGUAUGGUCAAUUCACAGAUUUUACUGGCACAUUUCAUUAAUUUCAAAUGAUUUCUUGUAGAAACGUGACAAUUUAUACGGUAAUUAUUUUGGACAUAAUAAAGGAUUUUUGCUUUUCUUCAGGCUUCAUUAAUUCAAUCAGUUUUCUGGACACCUGUUUUGUCAGAUCUUUAUUACUCUGUGAGCUCUAUCAUGCAAGCGGUGUAGUCACUCAGUGGAUUGAUAUGCCAUGUAACUCAGACCAAAAAAAUAAAAAUUAAAGUCAAAUAUUGGAAAAAAUA